UUAUAUGUAAUGUUGUUAAAUUGGUUACAUAUAUUUAUAUGAUUGGCAACAUUCUAUUGUAUUAAAUAACCCUUUAAUCAACUUGAUAUGAAAAUUGAAAAUUGAUUGAAAGCAUGCUGAAAUUGUUUAAAUUCAGAAAUUAAAAGAGUACACAAUUGGUUGAAAAAUUAAAUUAAGUAACAGAGAUGCAAAAUGUUAUUCUCAACGAGCUUGCAGAAAUAAAAGUUCUUUUAAAAGAAGUUAUAGAAAUCAAGUUUCAGGCUACUGGGGUGAAGUUGCUAGAAUCAGUGGACGAAGUGGUUACCCUGGAUAAUAAACUAAAAGAUAAAACCGAGUAUACUAAUUUGCUUGAUAGAUUGAAAAAGAUUGGUGGUGGAAAGCUAAGAGAACAUUUUUUUUUGAUCAUGAAAAGGUUAUUUUCGAAUCAGUUACAGUCCAAAUUUAAUCGAAAAGGAAAUGGGGAAAAGAUAAGCAUAGAAAAUCCAGUAAAUAUAUGGAGUGUUUUACGAGGUAAAGUUUUAAUAGUAUUUAUAAAACUGAUAUCUGUAUUAAAAAGAUAUUCUUUGACUUUUUUGUGUCAUGCUAGAAUUUUUGAAUCCAUAAUACAAGUUCCUUUAGUUUUUUCAUAAAAAAAUUUUUGUUUAUUAUUGUA